AUGCCAUCGCACCGUUACAUAAACGUCUCUGAGUUCUAUCCGACUGCCAGGAGCCGUCACGCUGUCCCGUCUUCCGUUUGGUUCCAAAACCGGAGAGCCAAAUUUCGCAGAAAUGAAAGAAGUAGAGGUGCGUCUUCAACACGAGAUAUUGAAACAACUUUACCGCUACGACCAAUAAGGAUAGCAUAUACUCACGAAAAUACACCAGAAACUUUACAAUCUCCUCCUCAAGUACCUCAAUAUUCGUAUAGUGAGUACUGGAGAUCUUCACAGAAUUAUGGUUUUGUGAAUGGAAAUCUCAAUAAUGUUAGCUUUCCAUCGUAUCAUCAAUCAGAAGUCCAUGGAAGUAUCGAAGGAACAUCAAUGAAUAGCUUGAGCAACCUUAGAUUAAGAAGCCAUCCCUACAGCGCUAGUUAUUCAGCAAUGCACGCCAGUAUGUGA